AUGGUUGACAAGGAUAAUUAUCUGGUUGGGGCAGUCUCUGAAAAUGCCUACAACAUUGUUCGAGCUGUAGAAAUUGUCAAAGAAACCAAUCGCAAAUGGCGCCACAUUCAAUGCUUUGCACAUAGCUUAAAUCUUGUAGUCAAGGGCUCUAUUGAAAGAAAUCACGGAAUUUCUUCAAUUCUAGCACGGUCAAGAGCCAUCGUGACUUUCUUCCAUCAAAGUGCUAAAACCACGUCUAAGUUAGUAUCCUUAUGCAAAAACCGAACGAGUAAGGUUUUGGCUCAAGACGUGGUUCGAUGGAAUUCGAUGCUGACAAUGAUAGCCAGUUUAGUCGAGCUUAAGAAGUAUGUGCAAGAUUCUCUCUCAUCACCUGCCAUUGAUCGUUCAGAUUUGGACUUACAGCUACAUGAUGUAACUCUUGUAUCAGCACUGGAAUUAUUGCAGCCUUUCGACGAAGUCACAACUGCCUUAUCAUCCCUGCAUUACCCGUCGAUUUCGGAAGUUAUUCCUUCGAUUCGAUUGGUAAUUGCUUUCUUGAAUCGAAGGAAGGAAGUCAUCUCAUGUCUGGCCCAGCUCAACGAAGAUCUUCUGUGCUUGUUGAGCCCUCUUUUCAGCAUAACACUGAACUAUUCAACACCUUAG